ACCUUUCUGUUUUCAGAUCUGUUGCCAUAAGAAGAAAAGCAUUCUGAAACUUCCACCCAGUAAUAACUACUUGCAGGGACACAAUCCUUUAAUGUGGAAUGGAAGUGCCCCUAUCCUCCGCCAGUGGUUUCAGAGCAAGUGCAAGCCUGUCAAAUAUGGGUACUGCGGGACUUUUGCUUCGGUCAUGUGUACAGUUAUGAGAUGUUUGGGAAUCCCAAGCAGAGUCGUCACCGGCUUCUAUUGCGCUUUGAAUGCUGUUGAUCCUCUCACCGUCCAGGAGGUUUAUGACUAUACAGGCAAAACUUUAAGUGGCAAAGAACACAUCUGGGUACAUCAUUGCUGGAGUGAAUCUUGGAUGGCCCGAAAAGACAUAAACCAAGCUAUGAGUGACUGGCAAUAUCUGGAUCCGACACCUAUAGAAACUAGUAAAGGAUCAGUGUGCAGUGGCCCUAUCUGGGUCAAAAGCAUCAGAGAUGGAGAUGUGGAUACUGAUUCUGAUGGCCCUCGUGUAUUUUGCAUGCUAAAUGCAAGGAGUACAGCCUGGGUUUCUCAAGGUAGAGGCAAGAAGACAAAACUGCACUGUGAUAUCUGGCCUUGUGGGCAAUGCAUCAGCACCAAGAGUGUUGGCGGAGAUUUGCUUGAGGAUGUCACUGAUGCUUACAAGCAUGAAUUAGGUUCUCUGCAAGAGAAAAAAGCCUUCUAUAAAGCUUGCAGAAAAAUCAGUUCUCAAUACCUCAAUGCUCCCAAUUCCGAAAUCGACAAAGAUAUAGCAUCCCAGAGAAACAAAACUUUGAAAGACACUGGGGUGACAAUGAAAUUUAAGAUGGCUAAUUGUCCCCUUUAUGGUCAAGAUGUUCAAAUAAAGUGGAUGCUUGAAAACUUGUCGAAUGAGGCUAAAGACAGGAAAUUCAACCUUUGUGCUCAGGGAAUGAUAUAUAAUGGCUGUUCACUGGAUCCAAUCUGGAAAGACUGUGUGCAUGUUACACUUGGCCCCAAAGAAGUGAAGACGAUCAAGAUAGAGAUACCCUAUGAAAGUUAUGGGUCACACCUUUGUGAUUAUAAUAUUAUGAGGGUAGCAGCUGUCUCAAUGCCAGAGCCUAAGGGAGAAAUCAUGAUGGUGGAGAGAGAUAUCCUGAUUGACAGCCUUCCCAUUGAGAUAAAGGUUUUAAACUACCCGAAAUUGAAUGCACCAUGUUCAGCUGAAGUCACCUUCUCUAAUCCCCUCAAAGAAGAUCUCAAGAACUGUGUGCUGCACUUGGAGGGUUAUGGGCUGUUUGGUGAGCCCAUCGCUACUGAACUGGGAACACUGGCCGCUAAUCACAAGGCACAAACGUGUGUUGAGUUUAUUCCAUAUAUGAAUGGCAAACACCGAUUCAUUGCCAAUGUCAGCUGCAACAAGUUCUGUAACUGCAAAGGAUAUGCCAACGUAGACAUGGGGAAUCCCCCACCAACCUCUGGAGAAGGAGGAGCAUAAGUAAUACAAGAGGGAAAACACUGAAUCUGUAAAUAAUAAAGAUAUGUUUUGUAGUUCUA